UCUAAUAGGAUUUACCUGUAGUGACAGACCGCCAAGAAAUCACUUCAUCCCCUCUUGUCCAUCUGCUUUCUUGCCCAUCUUAUGCCUAUGUGUCACCCAGCGAUGAGUUAUGUAUCACGGAAUUCUAACCAAUCUACUCGAGUUCCCCAUCGUGGCCCUCCUUGCUGGCUGGAAAUCCCGCCCCUCCGCCGUGGCCCACUUUGAAACCAAAUCCCUCACCUGUGACCUUUGGUUGGCCCUGACCUCUCAGUUCUUCGCCCAACCUUUUUCUCCUCCAGAAUGUACCUCUUUUGUCGGCAAAAUAGCGUCGAUCACAAAGCCAACACCGGCCUUGGUCUGGCCACCGCCCGCGUCUGACAGCAGCAUGGUCUCACCCUGAUUGUCAAUGCGGUUGAUCCAGCCUUGUUCAAAAACCCGGGGCUUCAGAAGUUGGUGUUUUCCCCAGCGAGGUUAAUCGGCAACGUCAUGGCCAGUCUGGCAGGAAGUACGAUGACUCGGGGGGCGUGGGCGUAUGUCGAUGCGGUAGAUGCGAAGGGAGAGGAGAGUCAUGGAAGAUUGGUGAGAAAUUGGGAGAUCGAUUCGGGACACCACAUGAUGAAUACAGAGGAAGGAAAGAAGGUUGAAGCUAAGCUCUGGUCCGAGACUAUGGAGGAGUUGGAAAGGGUUGCAGGUGUCAGGGCAUUUCUGGGAGUGCAACAGCAGUAAAAGGGGUACUUGAAACACGGACAGGCAGAAAGUUAUCAAGACUGGCACACCUAAGUCACUAGAUAGUUGCGAGUUGUGAACGCAACGGACCAGCAGUGGCAAUCUAGAUAGGCAUCGGACCCCCGCCCGUACCGGCAUGACUAAAGCCAUAAGCCCC